AUGAAUGAUUUUAUAUUAUUGAAUUUUCGGCAUUUCUUCAGCAUAUUGGGUCAAAAUCCAUUAUGGUUUACAGUAACUAUAUUGUAUGGUAUUUCGGGGAUGACAAAAGUAAUUAUCAGAAGUAAGGAUUUGACAAUGAUAGUAAUCUUUUAUACCGAUCGCAGUUGCGAAGAUGGAACAGUUAGCGCCUUAACGGGUUUAUUUGAAAUAAUUUCCGAGAUUCUCGGUGAUAAUUUAAUUAUUUUUGUUUUAUCGUCUUUACCAUCUUCAAUAACUUCAGUUGUUAUCUUGUAUAUACCAUUGAAUUUCCUAAAUAUUACCUGUCUUCUUUCUCUUUCGGCCUACUUAUUGACAAAAAUUUCUUAUCCCCUCUUAACGACUUUACUAUAA